AUGGCGACCUUCCGAUCCCUCGCAUCCGCGACCCUCCUCCUCGCCUCUGCCGCGAACGCGCACUUCACCCUGACGGUGCCCCCGUCGUUCGGCUUCGACGAGGACAAGGAGGCCUCGGCGCCCUGCGGCGGCUUCACGCCCUCGUUUGACGACAAGAGCAAGGUCAGCGACUUCCACGUCGGCGGCAACGCCAUCGGCGUCAAGAGCGGCCACGCCCAGACCAACUGGCUCUUCCGCGCCACCCUCGAGUCGGCCGACACCAAGAACUGGACCCAGCUCUUCCCCAUCGUCCAGCAGAGCGGCCUCGGCCUCUUCUGCGAGCCCUCCGUCGUCGCCCCCGAGGCCUGGGCCGGCAAGCAGGGCAUCGUCAGCGUCGUGGCCAACGCCCCAGACGGGAUCCUGUACCAGUGCGCCGCAGUAAACUUCGUCUCCGGCACAGGCGCCAGCGCCGGCGACGCCUGCAAGAAUGGCACCGCCUCCAUCUCCUUCGUCUCCGAUCCGGACCUCUCCGGGCUCGUCUCGGGCGGCAGCGGCAGCAGCAGCGGCGGCAGCGGCUCGCCCAACGCGACCGGCUCCUCGGGAACCGGCACCUCGACCACCCCGUCCGCCACCCCGUCGAGCACCAAGAACGCCGCAGCCGGCGUUGCCGCCCCGGCGUCGCUCGCCCUCGUCGGCCUGCUGGGCUUCGCCAUGCUGUGA